AGCCGAAGCAGCCGCCCGCCGGAGCCAGAAUUCCUUUCGGGGAAUCACAGCAGCAGUCCAGGAGCAGAUAGGUAGAAGGCGAGCUCUUACCCGCAACCUGACAGCUUUUCUCUCUCCCAUCAGCAAGACCUUCCUGCCCCAAACAAAAUAACAAAAUAAAACAGAAUUUCUUGCCUGCUUGCAAGACAAAAGUUUUUUUUAGAGCUCCUUGUUAAGAACCGAGACAUCUCUGCAGUUCUGAAAAGUAAUCUGACUCUUAAGCAACAUGACAACCCAAAUAGACACUAACAUGCAUUACAACUAUGAGUAUGAAGAGUACGAAUAUAUGAACCAAGAGGAAGAAUGGGACAGGGACCUGCUUCUGGACCCUGCAUGGGAGAAACAGCAGCGAAAGACAUUUACAGCCUGGUGCAAUUCCCACUUACGGAAAGCAGGCACGCAGAUUGAGAACAUUGAAGAGGAUUUCAGGAACGGCCUUAAACUGAUGUUGCUCUUGGAAGUCAUUUCAGGGGAAAGACUUCCAAAACCAGACAGAGGAAAAAUGCGUUUCCAUAAAAUUGCAAAUGUCAACAAAGCUCUGGAUUUUAUAGCUAGCAAAGGUGUCAAACUUGUCUCAAUUGGAGCAGAAGAAAUUGUUGAUGGGAAUGUGAAAAUGACCCUGGGCAUGAUUUGGACUAUUAUCCUUCGUUUUGCGAUUCAAGAUAUUUCAGUAGAAGAGACAUCUGCCAAAGAAGGACUGCUGCUAUGGUGUCAGAGAAAAACAGCACCUUACAGAAAUGUGAACAUUCAAAACUUCCAUCUUAGCUGGAAAGACGGUCUUGCCCUCUGUGCGCUUAUCCAUAGACAUCGACCUGAUCUUAUUGACUACUCCAAGCUAUCUAAGGAUGACCCACUGGGGAAUAUAAACCUUGCGAUGGAAAUUGCUGAAAAGCAUUUGGAUAUCCCAAAGAUGUUGGAUGCAGAAGAUAUUGUGAACACCCCCAAGCCUGAUGAGAGAGCUAUCAUGACUUAUGUUUCCUGCUUCUACCAUGCUUUUGCUGGAGCAGAGCAGGCGGAAACAGCAGCUAAUCGGAUUUGUAAGGUACUUGCUGUGAAUCAAGAAAAUGAAAAGUUGAUGGAAGAAUAUGAAAAGCUAGCAAGUGAGCUUUUAGAAUGGAUUCGCCGUACUACUCCUUGGUUGGAAAACAGGACCCCAGAGAUCACUAUGGCGGCUAUGCAGAAGAAGUUAGAGGACUUCAGAGAUUAUCGCCGUAAGCACAAGCCUCCCAAGGUCCAAGAAAAAUGUCAACUGGAGAUCAAUUUCAACACAUUGCAGACAAAACUGAGGAUCAGCAAUAGGCCAGCUUUUAUGCCAUCAGAGGGAAAGAUGGUUUCAGAUAUCGCUAGUGCUUGGCAAAGACUUGAACAAGCAGAGAAAGGUUAUGAGGAAUGGUUGCUGAAUGAAAUUCGAAGGCUUGAACGACUGGAACAUCUGGCUGCCAAAUUUAGGCAAAAGGCUUCUUCACAUGAAACCUGGUCAUAUGGCAAAGAGCAGAUUCUGCAGCAAAAGGAUUAUGAAGCUGCUACUCUGUCAGAGAUCCGUGCUUUGUUGAGGAAACAUGAGGCUUUUGAGAGUGACUUGGCUGCUCACCAGGACAGAGUGGAACAGAUCGCUGCCAUUGCCCAAGAGCUGAAUGAACUGGACUACCAUGAUGCUGCAAGUGUCAAUGAUCGGUGUCAGAAGAUAUGCGAUCAGUGGGACAGGCUGGGAACACUCACUCAGAAAAGGAGAGAAGCAUUGGAGAGGACAGAGAAACUGUUGGAAACAAUUGAUCAACUUCACCUGGAGUUUGCCAAGAGAGCUGCUCCAUUCAACAACUGGAUGGAAGGUGCAAUGGAAGACUUGCAAGACAUGUUUAUUGUUCAUAGUAUAGAGGAGAUCCAGAGUUUAAUCACUGCCCAUGAACAAUUUAAGGCUACUUUACCUGAAGCAGAUGGCGAACGGCAAGCUAUCCUAUCAAUCCAUAAUGAAGUGGAGAAAGUGAUUCAGAGUUACAGCCUCAGGAUAAGUUCCAACAAUCCUUACACCACAAUCACUGUAGACGAGAUACGUAUCAAAUGGGAUAAGGUAAAGCACCUUGUGCCUAUCAGGGAUCAAUCACUGCAGGAGGAGCUGGCCCGUCAGAAUGCAAAUGAACGCCUGCGCCGUCAGUUUGCUGCUCAGGCCAACGUCAUUGGACCCUGGAUCCAAACCAAGAUGGAGGAAAUUGCCCGAAGCUCUGUUGACAUAGCAGGGCCACUAGAGGACCAGAUGAAUCAAUUAAAGCAGUAUGAGCACAAUAUCAUCAAUUACAAACAUAAUAUUGACAAACUAGAAGGAGACCAUCAAUUGAUACAAGAAGCCCUGGUGUUUGAUAAUAAGCAUACCAAUUAUACAAUGGAGCACAUCCGUGUAGGAUGGGAGUUACUACUGACUACCAUUGCCCGAACUAUCAAUGAAAUUGAGAAUCAGAUUCUUACAAGAGAUGCCAAAGGAAUCACCCAGCAACAAAUGAAUGAAUUCAGAGCAUCAUUUAAUCACUUUGACAGGAAGAAGAAUGGGCUUAUGGACCAUGAUGACUUCAGAGCCUGCUUAAUUUCAAUGGGUUAUGAUCUGGGUGAAGCUGAAUUUGCUCGAAUCAUGUCCUUAGUUGAUCCCAAUGGCCAGGGGACAGUUUCCUUCCAAUCUUUUAUUGACUUUAUGACCAGAGAGACUGCAGAUACAGACACUGCUGAACAAGUUAUCGCUUCUUUCAGAAUCCUUGCUUCAGAGAAGCCUUAUAUUGUUGCUGAAGAGUUGCUUCAAGAACUGCCAUCUGAGCAAGCUCAGUAUUGCAUCAAAAGAAUGCCAGCCUACAAGGGUCCAGGUGCUAUUCCUGGAGCACUGGAUUAUACCUCAUUUUCAUCAGCACUGUAUGGCGAAAGUGACCUGUAACUAGCUGUGGUCACUGUAGGCAUUUUAAGUUAAUAUAUAUAUUUCUGUUUCAGUUUGCUCUUUGAAAAAUUUGGCUGACUUCAAAAUAAGUUUCUCAAGUUCAGCAGGUGCAUUCACUCAGUAACUAUAUCAAAUAAAGUGUGCAGCAUUGAUAGUUUUUUUUUACCUAAUUCAUAUUUACUUUGUCAGCCUCAUACAGCUACCGAUUCCAUUUACCCAAUGCCUUACCUGGUUGUAACUUAAAGUAAAAAUAAAUCUGUAGGAAGUAUUUCUCUCAAUGUCAAGUUUGGAAGCCUCAGAAAAUAAAUAUCCAAACCUUUUGGAAUUCAAGCCUGUUAAAACUUCAAUAUUUAUGAAAUGUUUUCCUUCAGAAUGCUUCGCACUUUAUGCGAGUCUUCUGCAGUCUCCCUCCAGGUGUCUACCUUUUUCACUUUCUUGCCAAAGAAAUGCUUUUGUCUGUGGAUAUCAGAUUUGGUAUGCUUCUGCAGGUGGAGUUGCAUAUACAAGAGAAACAAGGAAAUGAAUCAAACUAAACAUAUGAAACUCUUAUUUAUUUUAAUUUUGGUUUGGCUUUUUGUUGGCAUAAAAUCAUGGAGCCUCUGGAGUUUUUUGCCAACAGACCAAUGAUAAAUUAUAACCUUAGCUUUAAAAGCUAUAGAUGAUAUCCAACUAAGCCAUAUUUAGAGCAGAGCCAUUAAAAUCAAUGGGCAAGUUACAUAAGUAUGAUGGCUUCAAUGGCUCUGCUCUGAGUGUGAACAUUAUUGGCCAUCACCCCAUACCUGACUUUUAACUUGGCAGCUGAAAGGGCACACAAUUAACAGGAUAUUAUAAAGCAGCUCUAUAUGUUUGUGUUAAAUGUGGUUGGCUCUCUGCUGUGUUCAUUUUGCUGCAUUUUGUUCUUGAUUAAUGCUGAAUGUUAGUACAGCAAUUGUAUGGCAGGUUAUUGUUAACUAUUCUUCAUCUUAGCAGCCUACAGAACAAUAAACUUUUUUACUUGAAGCAGUUGUGCGGGGGAAAUGCAAUGCACGCAAAUUGAAGUAUUGUCAAAUGGCAGUGAAAACUGUGCAAUCCAGUAUUAUUAAAAUGUGCCUACUAAAUAAAGCCUGCUUUUCAAAUCUUAA